ACCUAACCCUAGUUACCUUCGCAUCUUCGUCUCUCUCGUCCGAGAUUGGAACCGUUCGCAUUGGUCGGAACUGAAUUUAUUGUACGGGUGUUCCAGAUAUGGAGUCUGAGCAAAGAGAUGAGCUUGCAGGUUUCUUACAAGUUCUUCCUCCUGUGGAGUUUUGCUGCGUCUAUGGUUCAGCUUUGCACCCGAAUAACCACGACAAGUCUAAAAUGGUGGACUACAUCCUUGGUGUCUCCGAUCCUGAGCAAUGGCAUUCCGAGGUGAGGCUAGGUCUAGAGCUAUUCCCGCUAACUGUGAUCUUACAUGGCAACCCUUGUUUACUCUGUAGAUCCUCAUCUUCUUUUUACCUGGUGUUCAAGAAUCUUAGAAUGAAUUCGGAUCACUAUGCCUCGUGGAUGGUUAAUCUCGGAGGGGCUAGGCUGAUCAGUGGAGUUGCGGAUAAAGUAGGAGUUGGAGUUCACUUCAAUCCGUUUGUCACUUGGAAUAACAGGAUGCUCAAGUAUGGGGUUGUCCGGAUGCAUAAUCUAGUACAGGACAUACUGAACUGGGAUAGAUUCUAUUUGAGUGGCCGUCUACAAAAACCGGUUCAUAUUCUUGUAGAUGGUGUGGACAUAGCAAAUGUGAACUCUGUUAAUCUGAGAGCUGCAAUAUCUGCAGCUCUUCUUCUCUUGCCAUCAAACUUCACCGAGAAGGAUCUCUAUGCCAAAAUAUGUAGCCUUUCUUACAUGGGUGACUUGCGCAUGCUUUUUGCAGAGGACAGAAAUAAGGUGGAGAAGAUUGUCCAGGGUCAACUUGAUUUAUUCCAGUCAAUGUAUAAGCCUUUUCUUGAAGAGUACGAGACCAAGGACUGGCUGCAGUUCACAUCUUAUGACAAUAAUGUAGGAAAACUUUCUCAGGCUUGCAGUGUUUCAGCUACACGCUCUUUGGUCUCUUCUCUUCCUCCAGCUGUUAGAAACCAGAUGGGGGCAAAGCUCGGGGAGAAGAAGAUCUCGAGUGGGACCGGUCGUGUUUUUAGCGAGGUUUUGGUGGGAUCAAGAGAAGAAGCUGCAAAAUGUAUGCAGAAGGUUCUUAGUCGGAAGGUUAUGGUUUCAAGUGCGAGACAGGCAGUGUCUGGUUUCUUGGCUGUUGGAUUUGUCAACGGCACAAGAUACCUUUCUCAGAAAAUGCGGAAAGCUUGGACCUCUCGGACAUCAUGAUGCCGACAUUAAGAUGCAGAUGAAUAAGUUUGAAUAACCUUCCAUGCAGAGACAGGAGGGGGACUGAAUCUCUUGAACAAUCUCAAGUUUUUGCCAUAACUGGUUGCAGGUUUGACCCACAAGAGAGAGCGUAAGUUUCUGGAACGUGUCUCCACAAUGUGUUUAUUCGUUUUUUUUUUCUGGCCUAUUGCUGUUCAGUUUCAGUUUAGAGAAUGGUCUGAAACACUAUUUUGGGGUAUAAAUGAAAAAUCAGUUUACCCACUUAUUUGGCAUAUUGUAAGAUAACCCAAUAGUUAGUUGUAUUCAGUGAAUAAUAAGGAUUAAUUUGCAAAGUUCAAAA